GUUAUAAGCAUCGGGUUAUUGUAAUAUUAUUUAAGCUUUAUGAAGCAUGUCUGUUUGAGAAAACUUAAAAAUAAUUAAUGAAAAUUUUGCGAUGCGAAAGCUUAAUCUUGAGAUCUUAAAUUGGUGACGUUAUGGAGCUGAAAGUAUGGGUAGAAGGAAUACAACGUAUUGUAUGUGGUGUUACAGAAACCACUACAUGUCAGGAUGUAGUAUAUGCUCUUGCUCAUGCAACAGGACAAACAGGUAGAUUUACCUUAGUCGAAAGAUGGAGAACUAAUGAACGUCUCUUAGCUCCAUAUGAAAAUCCUCUAAAGAUUCUAAUGAAAUGGGGAGAAUAUUCUUCAGAAGUUCAGUUGAUAUUAAGACGUUCGACUCCAGAAAAUAAUAAGGCCUCUAGCUCAUUAGGGACACGUAUAAACCAUGGUACACGAUCAAAUGGCAUGAUGAGCUCUACUUCAGAUCAUAUUACAACUAAUAGCGGACAGGAUGAUGCUAAAAAUAUAACUUCAAAUUCAGAAUUUGAUGAUUUACAAGGAUGUCUUGAUAGAAAUCGUGACAUUAGAAAAUCAUUAACAUUUGGUGGAUUACAUGGAAGUGUUAUGGAGAACAAUACAGAAAUUCAAAUGGAAAAUGUUGCCAUAGUCCAGCCUACAUUGCAUUUAAAAAAUAAGGAAUUGAAUAUAAGGAAAAACAUACAAAAACCAACUCAGUCUCCUACUCGUGCUAGUAGCAGUGAGAGUAACACACAUUUAUCACAAAAGAAAGUGCGUGAAGUUCCUCCAUAUCGGGAUCCUCCAGGUCCAGCUUCGCCACCUUUAAGAACUUUACCUCCAUAUAGAGAUCCUCCACCACCUAAUUUAAACAGUCCUGGAAGAUCACAGUUUCAAUCUAGUACAAAUAUUGGAAGUCCUCAUGUUCAUAAAGAAGAUCAGCCAUCUUCUAGUAAUUCUGGCAAACUAAAGAGAAAUCUUAUUCAGGAAUUUCAAGAAACAAAAGGACAAACUCAACCUGUAAACCAGUUAUCUGGUCAAGCUCAAAAUAUGGUUACUGUUGCUUACACUCAACGCUAUGUUGAACUUAUUAGACUAGUCAAUAAGCAACGUGAUACUAUUAAUGCACAGCAAGCAGAUCUGACUAAAUUUGAUGCUGAAAUAUUAUACUGGGAAACUAAAAAUAGAGAGCAAAUGCAUCAGAUGGAUUACAUCUCUCAAGAAGUAAAUCGUAUGGAAACAACAGGACGUCUUAUCGAAGAACAGUUAAAGGAAUUAGCACAUGUGGAAGAAGAAAGUGAAAUAGUUAGACAACAAGAAAAGACAUUAAAAUCAGAAAUUACUUUACUCAGAUCAAAACUUGCAAAUUGUGAAACGGAAUUACUUCAGUGUAAAAAUAAAAUCAGAUUAGUUAUGGAAGAACUUGCUAUAGAACAACAUAAUAUAAGUCGUGAAACAGACGAAAGACAAAUAAUGGAACGUAAAAUCAUUACCGAAGUCGAACAUCUUCAAAAUGAGGUAGAACAAGCUAAACGUUCUGCUGAGUUAGCUUCACAAUGUGCAGAAACAUUAAAACUCGAAGUAGUAAGUUUAGAGUCAGCGAUUGUUGAGAAAAAGUUACAAGUAGAACGAUUAGUAGCAGAUAUGAAAGAAGCUAAUUUACAAAGUCUUGCUGUUGCUUGUCAAGAUGAACAAGUUAAAUCAUUAUUUGAAGGUGCCCAUAAACCUGGAAGUACACGUAAAAUGAUAGGUUCACCGAGGCAAUUAGAAACUGCGGUACCUACAAGCAAAAACCCACAUGGUGUUUGGGUAUAAAUAUAUAUUAUUCGAUAUACUUUGAAACAUCGAACAUAACAAUUUUUAUUUUUACUAUAGUAAGCAAUUAAACAUUUCAUGUAGGAUUAUACGUGCAAUGUGCACAUCUAGUAGGAACAACAUAAGUGAUAUUUUACUUUCAUAUUGUUCAUGUAAACAUUUCUUAAUUAUU